AUGGCACCAAUGAACCCUCCCCGCCUCCAGAGAUUCCCCGCUACGGCCUCCGCAGAUCAAAUCUUCGCCGCGUUUAAAGAAGAUGGCUGCGUGGUUAUCGAAGGCUUCAUUCCCCCUGACCAGGUAGCUCGCUUCAGCCAGGAAGUCAAUCCCGCCAUGGAGAAGAUUACCGUCGAGGUCACCAACGACGGCAACAGUAACGACCGCACCAAGCGCUUUAGCAAGUGUGCCAUCGCAAGCCCAACCUUCCGAAAUGAAAUCAUCGAGAGCGAUCUCAUGCACGAACUCUGCGACCGUAUAUUCAGCAACCCCGGCGAGGGCAUGGGUUACCACUUCAACGACACCAUGGUCAUCGAAGUACAGCCAGGCGCCCCGGCCCAGCGACUCCACCGCGACCAGGAGCUCUACCCGUGGUGGAACUCUAUGGGUCCCGCCGGGCCUGAGUGUAUCAUGAACUUCUUCUGCGCUGUUACCCCCUUCACUGAAGAGAAUGGCGCCACGCGCCUUGCUCCGGGAAGCCACCUGUGGCCUGAGUUCACUCAGAUCAACGAGCGCGAUUGCCCGCAGUUUGGCAAGAUCGAGACCGCCCCGGCUAUCAUGCAGCCCGGUGAUUGCUACUUAAUGAGUGGAAAGGUGGUCCACGGUGCGGGUCACAAUACGACGACCACGGACCAGCGUCGUGCGCUUGCCCUGUCGAUCAUUCGUAGAGAACUGCGUCCCGUACAGGCUUUCUCGCUGUCGGUGCCCAUGAAGUUGGCUAGGGAAAUGUCGGAGCGCUCGCAAACGAUGUUCGGAUUCCGCAGCGCGGUGCAGCACUGUGAUGGUGAUAUGGUUCACUUCUGGGGCAAUGAUGGGAAGGAUAUUGCUCAUCAUCUUGGGUUGGAAGCUCCCAGUGUUCAUAUUUGA